UGGAUAUUGAGGCCAACAACUUGGCUUUUACGCGCUCGGGUCCGUUUGAGCGACCAUUGCCUACUGAAGGGAUGUUUAGGCGGGCCAAGAAAUUGGCUAACAUGAGUCUUAAAGAGAAGGAUGUAAAAAAGUUGGUCACGCUGGACCUUCUUCAGAUGGUGAGUCUGGUGCCAUGUGAGCAGGAUCUGGUGGUGGAAAGUACCACCGGGGAGAACGACACGCCUGGUCAGUCUAACGAGGGCACAGAGCAAAUGACUGAUCGGCAUUCUCCUGGGCCUUCUCCGCUUUCCCGUAGACCUGGCGACUUAGUCAUUAGAGAGCCUGAUCCUCAGCGUAGAUCUACUAUUCCCGCUCAACCUGGGAAAGGAAAAGCUAUCCAGGUUGAAGGGGAACUUAGCUCAUCCUCGGACGACGAGGAUGAGUUCCUUGAUCAGAUCUUCAACGCAGAUUCAGACAUGUUCAGAGAUUGCGUUGCUUCAAAGAGGAAAACUGGUGAUGGAAGUGGCUCUAUGCCUCCACAGAAGAUUCAGAAGGUAGUACCGCCAAGUCAAGGGAGGCAACCUGGGGGACCGACUACACUUCCGCCAUUGACCCCCUCUUCCCUUCCUCCUUCUGCGAGCCUAACUCCUACUCACCAGGGUAGUUCGAGUGAGCUUUUACGUGCUGUUAGCGACCUGGGCAAGGGGCUUCUUGAGGAUAUUGGCCGUGAUGCAUCGACGCUUCAAAGCCUAGACUCCUACCCUCGACUUAGUGUCGAAGUUGUCUUGAAGAGAGGACUCGCUCAAUUGAUGAAGUCACUUGUCACCAUUGGUCAUGCUCAGCUUCGAGCCGUAGAUUACAAGGAGCUGAUCAAGGUGCAGGACGAUCAACUGGUGGAGGCCAGGUCCAAGCUGGAGCAAGCAGAGAGAACUAUAGCUGAACGGGACGAGUCUCUCAAAAAGCAGGCUCAAAACAAUGCUUCCUUGACAACUCAAUUGGAGAAGCAAUCCCUUGAUAUUAAAGAGUUAGUUCGAGACAAUGAGAGGUUGAUUAGCGAGAACGAAGAGCUGAAGCAAGAAAAAGAGCUUGACUUGAUUCGCUUUGAGGAGGCCAGUUUUGACUGCUUCUAUAAGGUCUGGAAGCUGAACAAGCCUCUUAAUCUUGAUUGUUUCCCCAAGGAGGCCCAAGCAGAGGAUCUUUCCAGAUGUGAAGCAAGAGCCGCUGAAGAAGCUGCCAACCCUCCUGCACUCGCCCCAACCUGCUCUGCUAUAUCAUUUCGAGCGAGAGGAGCAGCUGAUGCAGAGGAGGGAGUCGAUCAACCCUCUAGAGGAGCUCGCCUGUGA